AUGAAGUCUUCCUUGAUGCAUUAUCACCAAGAAGUAGAAAAAGAGAUCAAAAUGGAAAAGAAAAUUUCUUCUACUGCUGAUUCUCUUCCUUUACAUGAAGUUCAAGUUCAAACACUUAGAGCAAACCUGAACAGACUUCACUCAGUCUUCCACACCACAAUCAUUCUCUCCUUACUCUAUUACCGUCUUUCUCGUUUCCUUCAAGAACCAGUGAUUCCAAGUAAAUGGCCAUGGAUUCUUUUAUUUAUUUCUGAAUUCAUUUUCUCUUUUAUUUGGUUCUUAACCCAAGCCUUCAGAUUCAGACCCGCUGUUAGAUCCACUUACCCUGACAGAAUAUCUUCUUCAUCAUUACCGGGUAUUGAUGUUUUCAUCUGCACUGCGGAUCCAACAAAAGAGCCUACUAUUCAAGUUAUGAACACUGUGUUAUCAGCGAUGUCUUUAGAUUACCCUCCAGAGAAACUCUCUGUGUAUCUCUCUGAUGAUUCUGGUUCUUCUUUAAGUCUUUUUAGCGUCAAAGAAGCUGCUAUUUUUGCAAAGUCAUGGAUUCCUUUUUGGAACAAGUAUGACAUUAAAACUAGGUGUCCGGAAGCAUAUUUCAAAUCUUCGAAAUCAUAUGAUGACACUGAACAUGUUGAUUAUGAUCAGUUCAAAUUAGAUCGAGACGAAAUAAAGGCAGCUUCUCUUCUCUUCUCUUCUUCAUUUAGUGGAUUAUGUCAUGGGCUCAUGUCAAAGUAUCAGAACUUCGUGGACCGUGUACAGAAUGAAAGUCAAAACAUAGCAACAAGUCAAGAUCGAGCCCCACAAGUCGAGAUGAUAUGUGAAAACGAAGGAAUUCCUAGACUUGUUUAUGUUUCUCGCGAGAGAAGACCUACUUAUCCACAUCGUUUUAAAGCCGGAGCUCUUAACUCACUGUUACGGGUGUCAGGGAUAAUCAGCAACGCACCACACAUACUGGUGUUAGAUUGUGACAUGUACUGUAACGACCCAACGUCAGCAAAACAAGCAAUGUGCUUUUAUGUAGAUGAUCCAGAGAUUUCUUCAUCAUCUUCUUUGGCUUUCGUUCAGUUCCCUCAGAUAUUCUAUAAUCUUAGUCAAAAUGAUAUCUAUGAUGGUCAAGCCAGAUCAGCUUUUAAGACAAAAUGGCAAGGUAUGGAUGGGCUAAGAGGGCCAGUAUUAUCAGGUACAGGUUUUUACUUGAAGAGAAAGGCACUAUUUGAUUUUGAGUGCAAUGAUAAGGAUUCGUCAACAACCUUGUCCCUAUUGGGGGAAGCUAGAUAUUUGGCGUCAUGUGCAUUUGAGAACAAGAGUCAAUGGGGUGAUCGGAUAGGGUUCUCAUACAAAUGCUUACUCGAGAGUACAUUUACUGGGUACCUCUUACAUUGCAAAGGAUGGAAAUCAGCGUAUUGCUUUCCAUCAAAACCAAACUUUUUAGGAUGUACCACAAUGAAUAUGAAGGAUGCCAUGGUUCAAACCAUGAAAUGGUGCUCAGGAUUAUUUCAAGUCGGUUUUUCCAAAUUCAGUCCUUUAACUUAUGGAAUGUCAAGAAUGUCUCCACUUCAAAGUAUGUGUUAUGCAUAUUUUACAUUGCACCCUCUCUAUGUUGUAUCUUUUCUCAUCUACGGAAUCAUCCCUCAGUUGUACCUUGUUAGAGGAAUCCCAUUGUUCCCCAAGGUAUCAGAUCCAUGGUUCACAGUGUUUGUCAUUGUUUACAUGUCCUCUCUUUGUCAACAUUUAGUAGAGGUACUAAUAAGUGGUGGAACAAUAAAAACAUGGUGGAAUGAACAAAGGAUUUGGAUGAUAAAAUCAGUUACAGGAAGCUUGUUUGGAUUUCUCGAUGUUGUCAUGAAAUCGGUCGGAGUAACAAAAGCUAGUUUUCGGUUAACUAACAAGGUAAUAGAUUCUGAUCAACAGGAAAAAUAUGAGAAAGGCAGAUUUAAUUUCGAAGGAGCUACUAUUUUCAUGAUUCCAUUAUUUAUAUUGGUGUUGUGGAAUUUGGGAUGCUUCAUUCUUGGAUUAAGAAGAGUUUUCACUGACAAGAGCCUGGAAGAGAUGUUUGGACAAGUUUAUAUUUCAUUUCUCAUCUUAGUUUUAAGUUACCCUAUCCUUGAAGGGAUUAUAACAAGGAAGACCUAA